GUGCAUUUAAUUCAUAAAAAUAGUUGAAAUAAUAAAUAAAUAAAAACUGAAAUGUUGGACAAAGUGAAACAUGUUAUUUUAGUGUUAUCCGGUAAAGGCGGUGUGGGAAAAUCAACAGUCAGCACACAGCUGGCCUUGGCCUUAAGAGAAAGCGGUCAUAAGGUAGGACUAUUAGAUAUAGAUUUAUGUGGUCCCUCUGUACCCUAUUUAUUGGGUCUGGAGGGAAGUGAUAUCUAUCAAUGUGACGAGGGUUGGGUGCCCAUCUACACAGAUGACACCAAAACAUUGGCUGUCAUGUCUAUAGGAUUUUUAUUGAAAUCACGCAACGACCCGGUCAUUUGGCGUGGCCCCAAAAAAACCAUGAUGAUAAAACAAUUUCUAAAUGAUGUUAAAUGGGAUGAUUUAGAUUAUUUGAUAAUUGACACACCACCCGGCACCUCAGAUGAACACAUUACCGUAAUGGAAUGUAUGCGUGAGGUGCACUGUGAUGGAGCCAUUGUUGUGACCACGCCACAAGGUGUGGCCCUAGACGAUGUACGCAAGGAAAUAACAUUUUGCAAGAAGACCGGGAUACACAUAUUGGGCAUAGUAGAGAAUAUGAGUGGUUUUGUUUGCCCGCACUGUGCAAAUUGCACGAAUAUAUUCUCUUCAGAGGGUGGUGUUGAAUUGGCCAAAUUAGUGGGUGUUCCACAUUUGGGUACGGUGCCCAUUGAUCCUCGUGUGAGUUUAUUAAGUGGUACUACACGUUCUGUGUUAACUGAAUUGCCUGAAUCGGGUACUGCUGCUACAUAUAAAAAAUUGGCAGAGAAAAUCGCUGCGUAAUUGCGUUAUAUGUUAUUGAAAAUGUGUAAAUAAAACUUUUUAUAAAAUGUUUAAAAAA